GCUGCUGGAGACUUGAUAAGGCGUGGCGUGGCGGGUGGGCUGGCGGGAUCGGGGGUCGCUGAAUUGAGCGCGAAGGUUGAGGCCCUUGUGGUCGACGGCCUCGGAGCGUCGUUCCCCGAUCUGGCGGUCGUGGGCCGCGGGGGCGCCUGCGCUGGGCAGCCCUCGCAGCAGGAGGAGGAUGAAGAAGGCGUGGAGGCGGCCGCGGAUUUGGCGGAGUUCAUGACGAGCAGUGGGAAGCUGCCUGUGGAGUGGGGCGUCGUGGAAUUAGACGAGAUUACCGUGUGGGUGGAUCCCCUGGAAGGUGCGCUGGACCUGAUGGGUGGCGCCACGGAGACCGUGGCCGUCCUGGUUGGCAUGGCGGUCGAUGGCAUCCCCACUGCCGGCGCCAUCCACCUUCCCUUCCACUUCCCUACCAGCACCACCAACGAGACAACUGCCACCGUCACAGAGUGCCGCGGACGAACGCUGUGGGGCGCGGAGUCCCUGGGUCUGUACAGCGGCAACAAACUGCACUACAGCGACAAUGUACUGCCCUUGGGGUGCCGCGUGGUGGCCCUGGCGCCGGGAGGAGGAGGAGGAGGAGAGGCCGCGGGGCGCUUGGCGGCGCUGCACCCGGACAAGGUCGUGGAGGCGAGUGGGGCAGGGCGGGUCACGGCCAUGCUGCUGGACGGGAGGGUGACGCAUUGGGUGUGCCCGGAGCGAGCGACGGGGAAAUGGGAUAUGUGUGCGGCGGAGGCGUUGCUGAGAAUAGCCGGGGGAAAUUUGGUGGACAGGGAGGGGCACAAUUAUGACUAUAGUCGGGGGUGCAGGUUGGGGAACGAGGUGGGCGUGGUUGCGGUGGCCAGCCAGCGGGCGUGGAAGGCGUGCGCCGAGGCCUACGGAUGGAAGUGA